AUGGAUAACGAGACUGAACUUGCGUACUGUGACUACGCCCCUCAGAGCGAAUACAUAGGAUUCUGUGUGUCGAUGCCAGUCAUAAUGAUCGUGAUGAUGAUAUUCAUCUGUGGAGGCAAUUGCCUGACCAUCAUGGCGGUGUGGAAGACUCCCUCUCUGCAGACUAUGCCCAACAUGUACAUCGUGUCGCUGGCCGUCGCCGACUUUAUAACCGGGCUGGCAUACGGAUACGAUUCUCUCUGGUACAUCUCCUCGACUAUGAUGUUUAUUUACAAUUGCAAAGCUUGCUGUCUGGUCAGCAUCUUCAUGCUCUAUACGGGUUUCCACGUGUCCAUGGCGUCUGUUGUUGCCAUAGCGAUCGACCGUUACGUCUACAUCAUGCACCCGUUUUUAUACAACAGACUAAUAACAGCUUCCCUGAUACAGAUUAUUUUAGCGGUUGUCUGGGUGGUCUCCACACUGUUUGCUGCAACGUCUUUCUUCAUUAAUAACUUCGAAGAGGUCGGAUUUUGUGCCCAUUUCGGGGUCUUGCCCGUCUGGUACCACGUUUACACUGAGAUGAGCAUUUUCGUGUUUGUCUUUUUGACUUGCGUGAUAAUCAAUGGUGCCAUUGUGCGCCUAACGUUGAGCAAAAGGCGUGAGAUGCGGACGUCCAGUGUGACAGCUGCAGCGUACAUCAAGCACAAGAACGACUGGAGGGCGGUUCGAAUGAUGCUCACUAUCUGCGGCGCGUUCUUCGUGUGCUGGCUGCCCUAUCACAUCGCCAUGCUCGCCAACCACUUCGGUGACAUCUGGAUGUUCAUGUUUGAUGUCCUUUCUCCAAUCGCCAUUCUCAAUUCGUGUAUGAACUUCUUCAUCUACGUUUUCAUGAAUAGGAUUUUCAGAAGAGCUUUCCGCAAAAUCUUGUGUUGUUCGCAGGCUAACCCCAAUGGGCCCACCGACGGGGAU